UGCACUGUCCAGGUAUAUAAAAGGGAGUCAACGUAUGAGUGUGGCAGACAUCAGCCAUCCGGAGAGAGACAACUGUAGAGCAGCUCAGGAUGGUCUUUAGGAUAAUUCUCUUCUGUUCCAUGUUGGCGCUUGGCGCCAGCACUGGAUUUCCGCCAGGUGGCGCACCUAUAGUCUUACAUCUGGUGCCACAUGCUUACAAACCAGUAGCUGCUCCACCAGUUGCCCCACCUGUUGCUCCUGCUCCAGCUCCCCCUGUCGGAGAGCCCAGUCCAUUUGCCUUCAUGUACAGUGCUGUUUCCGGAAAAGGGGCUCACCAAAGAUCAGAGAGUGCAGAUCCAUCUGGAAAAGUGAGUGGAUCUUAUAGCCUGACACAUAAAGAUGGAAAACAGAGAAAAGUUGAUUACACUGCUUCCAAAUCAGGAUUCUCAGCUCUUAUCCACACCAACGAGCAAGGAAUAAAACCUGGUGAAAAUCCAGCCGAUGUUCAGAUUAUUGCUCUUGAAGGAGCUGCUCAAAUACCAAAAGUUGGCGUUGUAGGAGCUACAGGACCCGCUGAAGCCCCAUCUUCCCCCUUUUCGUUCAUGUAUACUGCUGCUGCUGGAGCUGGGUCCAGUUCUAGGUCUGAAAGUGGAGAUUCCAGCGGAAACGUGAAGGGAACUUACUCCUUGGAUGACGAAGAUGGACGAAAGAGGAUUGUGGACUACACUGCCGGAACUGAGGGAUUUAUGGCAAAAAUUCAAACUAACGAGCCUGGUAUAGUACCAGGAGCAAAUCCAAAUAAUGUCGAAAUUCUUUCUAUUCCUGGCGUAGCAGCUAUACCCGCUGCUGUUCCUGCCCCUGCUGCUCCUGUUGCUGGCCCUGCUGCUCCUACUGCUGCAGUAUCUGGUCCGCCGUCCCCCUUUUCGUUCAUGUAUACCGCUGCUGCUGGAGCUGGGUCCAGUUCUCGGUCUGAAAGUGGAGAUUCCAGCGGAAACGUUAUAGGAACUUACUCCUUGGAUGACGAAGAUGGACGAAAGAGGAUUGUGGACUACACUGCCGGAACUGAGGGAUUUAUGGCAAAAAUUCAGACUAACGAGCCUGGUAUAGUACCAGGAGCAAAUCCGAAUAAUGUCGAAAUUCUUUCUAUUCCUGGCGAAGCAGCUAUUCCCGCUGCUGUUCCUGCCCCUGCUGCACCUACUGCUCCAGUAUCUGGUCCGAGCCCUUUCAGCUUUAUGUAUACUGCUGCUGCAGGAAAGGGGUCCAGCUCGAGAUCAGAAAGUGGAGAUGCUGGUGCCAAAAUAAAAGGAUCCUAUAGUUUAAAACAUCCAAGCGGACAUCAGAGGAUUGUAGCCUACUCAGCCAAUGGUGAAGGUUUUAUGGCAUCUGUAAAAAGCAAUGAACCAGGUGUGGAACCUGGAGCAGAUACUGCUGAUGUUAAGUAUUUGCCCCUACCUGAGGUUGCCGUGGCCGCUCCUGCUCCUGCUCCUGCCCAAAAACCUAUCUCGGCCAAAGAACUCUUUGCAGCUGCAAAAUACGCCCCUGUUUCUCCGGCAAAGCUAGCCAACUACAUAUGGUAUCCCACAGCUAUUGUCAUAGACCAAUAAACAGCCGUUGAUACUUUUUUAAGCAUUUUUAACCGGAACGACAACGGACAAUUUAUUUUAAGUCUUCUACACAGAUGUUCUGAGCUCAUAUCAACAGGUUCACAGCUUCCUCUCAAUACACUUGUUUUUACCUAAAUGAUAUUGAACUUUUUAGGUAUACUAACAGAUGGAUAAUAAAGCUUUUUAAUGUUUUAAAAUUAAUAGGUGUUUGGUGUUUCUAUUUGGAAGACACGUGUAUAAAAUAAAGCUUAUAUAAAAUAGAUUAAUCAUGCUCUUAUAUAUAUAUGGCCAAAAUGUAUUUAGCAAGCUACGCUCAUGCACUGAUUUUUGUUGAUGUUUCUCAAAAUGUGAUAGCUUAAACUGGGACCAGCAGAUUACUAAGCUUGUGGUUAUAGUUAAUAAAACAAAUGUGAAUUAUGUGCCCAAUUAUGCAGCUUUAGAACCUACUUUAUUUGGCUACUUGGGGGUACUUUAUUGUCUAAAUUUAAACUGAUUUGUCUGCAAGGCCUUUUUGAUGUUUAUGGGAAGUACAGAAUAAGAUGUUAUGUAGUGAAAUACAUAUGACAAAUAAUCGCUCACUACGCUCAUAACUAUAAUAAUCUUUACAUUUCAAGGUAUAACAUGAUUUUUAAUUUGACAAAUUAUAAUCAAAUCUGACUUUCAAAAACAUUUUAGCAUGUGUAUUUUAAAAGAUUUUUGACUAAACAUUUUCAUGCUAAAUUUUAUUUGUAAACUCGGCGUGUAUAUUGCUCUGUUUGUGUGAAAAUGUGGUGCUAAGGUUUCAACAACAAUGCUUAUGUUUAUUUCGAUUCGCUUCUUUGUGUUAAAGUCUAGUUAUACUGCUGUGUUUGUGUGUAUAUAUAUAAAUAAAUAUGUAUAUGUACAUGAAGUU